ACGGUUUUUUCUUUUUUUACGGGCUCUCUAAGAUCCCUACAGUCACUAUUGCUCAUAUGUGUAGUAAACUAUUACCUAUAUAGCCUUCUAUAUACAGACUCAGGUAACAGGGCCUUACAUGAAAACUAGAGUGUCUAAAUCUGACCUGAGACAUGUUGACUCUUCUCUUGGUAUCGAUAGCUGAGUCAUUGAUACAGGGACUAAGCUGUUUUCACACAGGCUCGCAGUUUGUUCCCGGCCUCUUCCAUAUAGGCACCAUUGGUGACAAUAGGGGCGAAUCCUGCAGUAGUUGGAUGAGCGCGAUAAACAUCCUCAUCAUUGCCCAUCUUCAGUGUCGUAACGCCGCGGAACAGGGUGGGAAAAUUUUCAGGCGACGACCGUUCAGUAAAGAAGGAUUUGCUGAGAAAAAAGGUUGUUGAGUGAAGCAGGGGAACAUCCUUGAGGAGUCAGCUUGAAAGACUUUUCGUAACAGUAUUAAGAGAAGUGCAAUGAAACUAAUUGAGUAACGUUUUGCAGAAAUGGUAGGUUAAUGCAUGGGUAGUGAG